AUGGCUCCGCCCCGCCGCCGCAACAAGACCGCCACGAAGGACCAGUACGCCGCCCUCUCGACCGAAGAGCGCAAGGCUGCCGGUGCCGAGGCCAAGAACCGCGGUAACGCUGCCUACACGGCUGCGGACUUCGCCACGGCCAUCAAGGAGUUCACGACUGCCAUCGCGUACGAGCCCCACAACCACGCGUACUACUCGAACCGCUCGGCCGCCUAUUUGAGCAACGGCAACGCGGCGCCCGCGAUGGCCGAUGCCAACAAGUGCAUUGAGAUCGACGCCAAGUGGGGCAAGGGUUACGCCCGUCUCGGUGCCGCGUACUACUUUAUCAAGUCGUACGAGAAGGCCAUCCAGGCCUACUCGAAGGGCUUGACGGUCGACAAGGGCAACAAACAGCUCCUUGCCGGCUUGACGCAGGCCCAGGCUGCCCUCCAGGUCCUCCAAGAAGAGGCCUCGGGUGUCGAGAUGGACGACGCCACGCGCAAGAUGAAGCGCAUGGAGAUCGAGGACAAGAUCAACAAGGCUCGUGCCGAGCGCGAAGAGCGUGCUGCCCGCGCCGAGCGUGGUUUCUCGGAGGUGAUCGGUAUCGAUCUCGGUACGACGUACUCCUACGCGCGCCGCAAAGAGUAG